AUGGCAUUUUCCAGUAUUUUCAAAGGCGAAGAAGGCAAGCCCUCCUUCAUGCAAAACACAACUAGUUUCUUCUCUUCCGUGCAAGCCAAAAGUGAUGAUUUACUAGGCAACUUAAAAAAGAAAACUACCAAUGCAGUGCAGCAACUGGCUUCAGUCGCGCCAGGCGGUGGAAUAUCUGAUUCAGGGCACAAAUCGAGAGAUGCAGAUGACGACAGCUCGGCCAGUGAAUAUGGGGAUGGUGGCGAUCCUGCAAUGUAUGCCGACGAGGCUCCGAUGGAAAGAAAACUCUCUUCAGAGAGUAUAGAUUCCUUACCACCGGAGGAGGCUGAAAAGUACAGAUCGGAUAUAAAACAAUUUGUAACGGCUAUGCUUUCGUAA